AAAUCUGACCCCGCGUAGGGGUAACUUCUACAGCGGAUCGCCGAAGCUCGCAACCAGUCGCCAUUUUUCAUCCGAGCGAGUCUUGUCCUGAUGAUGUGGAUUUGAUAGAAAGGGCCGUUUCCAACUGACCAGGAGCCGCUCAUCAUCAACCAGCCGAAGCUUUUUCUUACCGUCGGACCGCAAACCGAGCGAGCCAUGUCUUCGAGCGAUAUGCCCGAGCUGGGCAGCAAAAUAAGCCUGAUUUCAAAGGCGGAUAUCAGAUACGAAGGGAAACUGUUUACCGUCGACCCUCAAGAAUGCACGAUCGCCCUCGCCAACGUGAAGUCAUUUGGGACAGAAGACAGACAGACGACACAUCCUGUUCCGCCUCAAAAUCAAAUUUAUGACUACAUCCUUUUUAGAGCUUCUGAUAUCAAGGAUAUCAGCGUCGUCCCACCGACCCAGCUCUUAUACGACCCGGCAAUACUCCAGCUGUCGGCCACACCGGCAAUGGGAAACAGCAACCGGUUCUCAAACGCCCCAGUCAGCGCUUCAUCACAGGCGGAAACCAACACAGGCUACCACCCGAUAAUAGGCAACAUGAGCAGCGGUCAAUAUCAGGGUUUCAACCCGAUGCAAUCUGGACUGCAGACACUUGCGAGACCUUCGCCAAGUGAGUUCUUACAUCAAGGAAAUCUGGGAUAUGUUCUAGAUUUCCUGUCUGGGUCGAGGAGCAGCACCCCCGGGUUGCACAAGCCUUCCCCUUCGAUGGAUCAGGCCACCCAAGCCAACAGGAAGUCGAGCCCGCCUCAUCAAGAAGUCCGCAAUCGAAACCAGCGAGAGAUGGGAAACCGAAUGGAUAAGCAGAUCACCCGCACAUUCAACAUGAGAAACGACAAUUACAACCAGAACAGAAACAGGAAUAAUUAUAACCAGCAGAGCCAUCAAAAUCACCAGAACAGGGAUUCGAACGGGCCUAAAUCCUGGGGACAACAGCAACAGUCCAAAAACAAUCAACAGCAAGGCCUAGGGCAGAUGAACCGUAUUAACAAGGGGCAGAGGACACAGCAAAGGCAACAGCAGAAUUUCCCUAGAGCACCGGGUGCAUCUCGAAAACAGCAACAGCCACUGAAAUUUGAAUCUGAUUACGAUUUUGAUAAGGCCAACAAUGAGUUUGAGGAGAUAAGAAGCAAACUUUCAUCUAUGAAAAUCGAAACUCAAAAUGCCGCACCAGCAGCCCCAGUGUUGAACGGUGAUGAUAAGAAAGAUGAUUCAGGCAAUGAGACAGUAAUAGGGAAUGACGUCGAGGCUCUCCAAGAGGAUGUUUUCUUUUACAACAAGACAAAGUCCUUUUUUGAUAACAUCAGCUGUGAGGCCGUCGAACGGAGUAAAGGGAGUAUCCAGAGGAUCGACUGGAGGAAGGAGAGAAAGUUAAACACAGAAACGUUCGGUUUCCUUUCUGCCCGUAGGGGUGGUAACGGCAUGUACCGAGGAGGCCAACGCGGAGGCUACUACUACCAAGGUGGAGGACGUGGUGGUUACGGCUAUGGAGGACGAGGUAACUUUAGGCCCUUCAGACAAACAAAGCCGACGCCAAGACCACAGCAACAGCCUCAGGCUGCAAAUGCUUAAAAAGAAUUAUUGGACCUAAACUAUUGAAUAAUUGGAUAAACGAGGAAAAAAAAACUAUUGAGCGAGGAUUUUAAUUUGAAGUAUCUGAACAAAAGAGAGAACGAAUUGAUGGUAUAAAUAGAAAAAUUGAAGAUUCCGAAGAAGAAAAAGUCUUGUAAUAAAGAAUAGGAUGGGUUUUACUGUAUUUCUGUUUUUGUUUUUUCUUUAUUUAUUUUUCUUUUAAUAUUUUUUAAAUUGCACAAAAACUUUUUUUUUUCUAUGGAAGUUUGUAAGGGGGACUGCGUACUCGGGCUUUUAAUUUAAAUAUUUAAGAUUGGUAAUUUUGUAUGGGCGUAUUAACCUUGAAGGGAUAAUACAUUGGUAUUGUGUGGUUUGUAUCCUUUUAGAGGAAGUUGUUGGAAAAUUUAUUAAAAGUCCUGAAAGACAUGUUUUUGAAGAAUGCGCAUGUUGUUUGUUUUAUUUUAUUUUUUUAAUCAUGUGAAAU